UCAUUCAUAGUCCUGUACAUACUUUAAAAAAUAAUGAAAUAAUAUUUUUCUCACUCUUGCAAAUCUAAACUCGCGUGAGGGGAACAUGGGUUUCACUGUGCUUUGCCUUUUCUCUCACCACAUUAUUCUCUGCGUAGUUUAAAAAAUAUUAUAGGGGAAAUUAGAUGUGGAGAGAGAGAGAGAGAGAGAGAGAGAGAGAGAGAGAGAGGAGUGUGGUUCAGAAAAUCAGGGCUGGGAUGACCCUGUGGACAGGAGCUCAGUACACACAAGGCGCAGUUUAGAGGCAAGCCAAGACUGUGUGGAUAAGGUAGGGAUAGAAGCAAUGGUGCAAAUGAUUACGGAACCAAAACAAUGGCUUCUUCUUCUUCUUCAGCCUCAGUGGCUGCUUCGUCUCUGUCUCACCUCCCUGCAAGAGCCCCGCUGGUUUAUCAUCCAACCCAGAAGCUCUCACUUUUCCAUACCCCAAGUAGCAGAGGAACCAAGCAGAGGCGCUUGCCUUUAAGAAUCCAAUCUGCAAAGCUCCCCGCCGGGGUGGACUUGCCAAAAGCAGAGCCUAGAUUUCAAGCCCCUGUCCUGGGGUUCACAAAGACCGCAGAGGUAUGGAACUCCCGAGCCUGUAUGAUUGGUCUGAUUGGGACAUUCAUUGUGGAACUGAUAUUUAACAAGGGAAUACUUCAGAUGAUUGGGGUGGAUGUUGGGAAGGGUCUCGAUCUUCCUCUUUGAGCAAGCAAUCUGAGCAUAUAGAUCUCUACAUAAUUGGGUCUUUGUUCUAGCGCUAUAUUGUUUUAGAAUCUUGAGUUGUUAAUGAAAUGGAUUUUGAAUUUUGUUCAGAUUCAGCAGCUCAAAUGCAUAGUAUUGGAUCAUCUAAUUUCUGUAAUCUUCCUAAUCGAAGCAUCCAGUCUUAUGUAUCCAAACACGACUGUCAACAUAUAUAAAUUUAAAACUAAGAAAGUGGAGAUAAACCUUUUCCUUCUUAAA